AGUGGUGGAGGUCAUUCUUCGAUGUAGGAAACCCGGAUCUACUUUACGCGGCUCCAGGAGCAAAAUGGGAGGGACGUACUUCGAGGUGGGAUCUUGCCUCAAACUUCUGCCAUGGCUGCAAUGGUGUGGACUGAUCGGGGACGGAGGGCUGUGACUGCAGUCCGGACAGUGACCAGGUCCAGAUCCAGUUCCAAUCACACCGCUUUAAAAUCCCAGUAUGACGCGCUGGUCAUCGGUGGAGGGCACAAUGGACUGGUGGCAGCUGCCUAUCUUCAGAAGGGAGGAGUGAAGACAGCAGUGUUGGAGCGCAGACAUUUGCUGGGAGGAGCAGCUGUGUCAGAGGAGCUGUUCCCUGGUUUCCACUUCUCUAGGUGUUCCUACUUACUCAGUUUGUUACGACCCCAUAUAUACGCAGACUUGGAGCUCAAGAAACAUGGGCUAAAGGUGUAUAUGCGGGACCCCCAUGCUUUCACCCCCAUGUUGGAGGAGGGAGUGUGCGGUGCCCCACCAAGGUCUCUCACCCUGGGCGCAGAUCUCACCAUGAACCUGAAGGAGAUUAGCAAAUUUUCACAGAAGGAUGCAAAGGCUUAUCCAGGUUUUAUUGAACACCUUGACAAGCUAGCUGCAGCUAUCCACCCUCUUCUGGAUGCCCCUCCUGUAGACAUUCCAGGUGUCACUGCCGGAUCACUGAGGACGAGGCUGGCUGCAGCUAAAACACUUAUGCCAAUUGUCAAAUGUGGUCUGAAAUUGGGCAGAAACAUUCCAGACUUUUAUGAGAUUGUAACUGCACCAAUAAUGAAGAUCCUUAAUAGGUGGUUUGAGUCUGAGCCAUUGAGAGCAACAUUGGCUACUGACGCUGUGAUUGGAGCCAUGACCAGCCCCCAUAAUCCUGGUAGUGGGUAUGUGCUUUUGCACCAUGUGAUGGGAGAGUUGGAGAAGGAGAAGGGAGCAUGGGGUUAUGUGGAGGGAGGCAUGGGAGGCGUGUCCAAGGCUAUUGCUAGUGCUGCUCGAUCCUAUGGUGUAGACAUUUUCACUGAGAAGGAUGUAGGACAGGUCCUGGUUGGCGCUGAUGGUGCUGCUGGAGGAGUGGUGCUGAAAGACGGUACUGAGAUCCACAGUAAAGUUGUUCUUUCAAAUGCUACCCCAUACGUCACCUUCAAGAAGCUCAUGCCACAGGGUGCCCUUCCUCCAGAGUUCAUUAAAGCUAUUGAUCAGAUAGAUUACACCUCACCUGUCACCAAAAUCAACGUGGCCGUAGACAAGCUACCAAACUUCCUGGCAUCGCCCACACCAAAUGAUAAACCUGGACCACACCAUCAGUGCUCCAUUCAUCUCAACUGUGAAAGUGUAGACCUACUGGAGACUGCUUACAAAGAGGCCAUGAAUGGACGUCCUUCAGCAAGGCCCAUGCUCGAAAUGACUAUCCCCUCUGUGCUGGAUCCCACUCUAGCUCCCCCUGGCUGUCACGUGGUGUCACUGUUCACCCAAUUCACCCCCUACCACAUCAAGGGCAGGGAAUGGACAGACCAGGACAGAGAGGCCUACGCAGACACUGCAUUUGACUGGGUGGAGCAAUAUGCCCCGGGGUUCAAAAAGUCAGUGGUGGGCAGAGACAUCCUGACUCCGCCAGACCUGGAGAGGAUCUUUGGGCUCACUGGAGGGAAUAUCUUCCAUGGAUCAAUGUCAUUGGACCAACUCUACCUAGCACGACCUUUGCCUUCUCUCUCAGACUAUCGUUCACCAAUAAAAGGACUGUAUCUAUGUGGCAGUGGCUGCCAUCCAGGUGGUGGUGUGAUGGGGUCUCCCGGCUGGAACGCAGCACUUAUUGCCAUGGCUGACCUGAAACGUCGCUGAAAACUUAGAGCUCUCCUUUGUCUGAUUUAUUUGAAUUUGACUAUUUUGAAUGAUAACAUUCAACACCAACUCCAGCUAUCUGAUCAGCUGCACCAUAUCAUUUUGUGCAUCCUGUAUGUAAAGAUAUCUGAAGGGGAUACAUGUUGAUUAAUUAAUAAUACAGCUGACAUGAUGAAAGAGACAAUAAGAGAUUGAAUAAUAAUCCUAAUAGACCAUCCAUACCAAGAUCUAAUUGGUGUAAAAAGAAGAUAUCAUUCUUAAUACUAAACAUUAGCACAAUACUGCCACACUAAAGUCAGGUGUGACAUCAUGUAUAAAAUCAUCUAGCAGAAAAUCAGUAAUAUCAACACAACAAAGAUGCAUUUUUAAAAUAACCUAUACUUGUCACUAUGAAAUAAACAGCUGUAACUGACAGUGUAAUGAUGGAAAGCAUGCACAAUGCAACUUUUUUUACAACUUUGUGUGAAUAAAUUCAAAUGC